AUGGCAAUGGCAAAGCUCCUACGCGGGGCCGUCACCGUGAUUUGGGGCGACUGCGGCACCAAGGCCCUUUGGCAGCGGAUUCUCAAGGACUUCAUGGCAUGUGUUAUUGCAACCAUCAUUGCCAUUCUCCCCCAGCUCAGGGGCUGGUCGACUUUCCUAAUACCAAUGGUUGUUGCCUUUGCACAUCCAGCCCAGCGAAUGGGCGUCGUCAUUGAAAACAUCAUCAUGAUCAUCUUUGGUUCGGGCCUGGGCUUAUCGUGGUGUAUCUUGGGCUUAUAUCUGGCGAGUUUGGUCCAUGACACCAACAAGCCUGCUGCUUUUACCAUUCGAGCCCUCUUCUAUCUUGCGUGCACCUUGCUCCACGGCUACCUGAGAUCGUCUACUCCUCGACUCUUCUUAUUUGUCUUGUUUGUCAUUCUCCCCGCCAUCACGCUGCUCACGGCACCAACUGUGGCCACGCCCACUCUGUAUACAACAAUCUAUGUGCCAAUCCUCAUUGGCGUCGGAGUCAUGUUUUUCGCCAACGUCGCCAUAUUCCCCGAGUUUUCCAGUAGCUAUCUGGGUACUUCUACCAUCAGUGCCCUCUCUGAAAUGGUCGAUGCUCUGGAGCGAGCCACACACUGGUUUGUUACGCCUGGAGGUGAUCGUAUCGAAUCUCAAAACCAAGGAGAGCCUCUGAUUAUACCUCAUGCUAACGAUAAUGAUACCAAACAACAACACCAACAGAUGCGGCGGAUUAAGCAGCUCGCUAUCCGCUACUGGCGCAAGUUCUCUGCCCCAUUCCCCAACCCCUUUCUACCGGCCACCUCUGCCAUCACAGCAUCCAGAUCACCGCUACAUGCAACCACACUUGCGUCAUUAACGGAGAGGAAGCCCAUAAUUCGCUCUAAACUUACAUCGUGCAAAACUGCUCAAAAUGAAGUCAAUUUUGAGAUAUCCAUCUCACCCCUUGCGCCAAGCGACAUGAAGCCUAUCAGUGUUGAUCUCAUGAGCCAUCUUUCUCAGAGUAUCAUUACGCUGAUUGGCGCCUGUGAAAACAAGUUCAUCGUACUUGAAGAUGAUGGCCUAGACGAGAGCGAUUCAGCGGCUGAUGAUGAUGCGGUUCAAUCGCCUGGGUGCCAGAGUGCUUUGGAUGGAUCUGUUACGCCAGCAUCCAGCGUCCCAGAAGCGAACCUCAGGCUCAAUUCUGGCGUGAGAUCCAGGUCCAGAGCGAGGAAUUCAACCGCUCCAUUGAGUAGAGUGGACUACAUCAAUCUGAAUAGGCAGAUUGAACUGAGUAGCGCAAAGCUUCUCGAAUCGAUUGUCAUGCGACUACGAGCUCCUAUACAAGAGUUCCAGGCAUCCACAAAUGAGGCAGUGGCUCUACUGAUAUCUUGUUUGGCAUACUGCUACGAUGUUCCCACUCUACCUUCUGGUGCCCCUACCCCUCGAGGCAUACAUCUAGAGGAGAUCGACCUGCGGGUCGACCUUUUUACAGAUGCACUGGCGUUGUUUGAUCAACAAUCUACCGAACAGCUCAAGCUUAUUGCCAUGCAAGAGACGGGCCUAUCGCUCGAUUUCAUGCCUCGCAUGGAAACUUUUCUCAUCUCAUCUUUUCUCUUGGCCUUUCGCCAAUCCUCGACGCACAUCCUGAAAAUGCUCCGCCAUGCUCGUCAAUUGGUAGAGCAGAGACAACGCCGCCAUAAUCGGCCGAGCAUCUGGAUCCCUCACUAUUCAAGUCUUCGGAAGUGGCUGCGUACUGCCGGAGAGCGUGAUUCAAUGGUUCUACCCGAAGGCGCGAGGCAAGCCGCACGUCGAGGCGAUUUGGUUGGCAACGGGCCGCCAAUCUCCGAACCUAAAGGUUCUAGCAAUAUCCUUGAUAGCGAAGCACAGCCAAGACAGAGAAUGCCUGAUGAGGAAGCGGGUUCUACAACUGCCUCUCAAAUUUUGAAAUCGCUGAGAAAUAGAAACGUCAAGGACAAAAAGAAGGAGAAGCAAGGAGAGAAGCAUCCCCGAUACAAACAGAAUGAUGAGAGAGGAGAAGGCUCUUCUAAUAGUCGGAUUUUAUGGCUUCGAGGUAAAGCGGCAGAUGUGCUAGAGUGGGCUCAAGAUUCCGAUGAUCUUGCCUAUGCACUAAAACUCUCCUUUGCCGUCUUUCUUGUCAGCUGGCCAGCCUUUGUGCCAUCUUGGAACGCAUGGUACGGCGAUGUCCACGGCGUUUGGGCUCCGCUGCAGUUGAUAUUCAUAUUUGAAGUGGCCAUUGGCACGUCCUUGGUCACCCUUGUUGUUCGACUUAUUGGGCUUGUUCUUGGCUGUACUGCUGGAUAUGUCUCGUUUGUCAUCGCAGGGGAAAGCAGAGCAAUAACAGUCGUGGUUCUCGCUUUCACGCUGUUACCUUCUGCCUAUAUACAUGUCGCAACGAAAUAUGUCAAAGCUGGAGCAGCGGCCAUUAUAUCAAUCAAUGUCGUUGCCCUAGCGUCGGCGAAUAUCAAUACGGAGCCACCACACGAGGUCUACUAUAAGCGUCUCAUAGCAUUUAUAGUUGGGGGUGUUACUGCUACGUUAGUAGAGGUGUCGGUUUCCCCAGUGCGUGCGCGAGAUCGCUUGGUGGAAUCUUUGUCUGCCUGCGUGCGGCAUAUCCAGAACAUGCAGGGCGCCAUGUCCGUGGGCGUUGAUGGGCCUGAAGUUGUUGAUCCUCGCUCUCCAAAACUGCAUCGUCGUUUUGACAGAUGGCGCGAAAAGGCUCAGGCCUCACUCGCAGCCGCCGAGACGUUUCUCCCCUUUUGUUCUUCCGAACCCCGCCUGAAAGGUAGCUUUAAGAAGCUUGCACCUAUCUACACCGAGAUUGUCUAUGUGCUUCAUCAGAUCAUUGAUCGGAUGGACAACGUCGUACAGCUCCGAAGGGCUUACGGCUCCUCUGUUUUGGAGGCCUUGAACCCGCAAGCUUAUACGUAUCGGCGAAGCAUGGCGGCAAGCUGCGCCCUAAUGCUGUUUUCCGUCAACGAGGCACUGACAACUUGGCUUCCGCUCCCGCAAUUUAUUCCCUCGGCCCGUGUGGCACAUCUGCGGUUGAUACAUCGGGUCCGUGAGAUUAUCACAUCGCAAGCGUCGACAUCGGCUCCGGUAACGCCAACUGUAAGCGAUGCUAGCCAUUGCAAGAGCGCGAGUGAGUGCGAAGACCGGGCAAAUGAGAAGGUAGCUCGUUUGAUAACCAAGCAUAACUUCCUCUCUUGGAAUGCCAGUGCUGCUGGUCAGAUGGAAAUCGUCGAGUAUCUGGAAGAGUUGGUUGAGCUGGUCAAGAUGCUGGUGGGAGUUAAUGCUUUCCGCUCUGGAAUGUUGGAGAAGCCAAAGUAUACGCACUAUGCGCAAAUGAAGGAUUCUCGGCAAGAGUCUUUGACAAUGGCUCGCUCGAACACAUCCAGCGGCUCAUCAACGGCUCACCAAAGCGGUGUUUCUCAGCAGGAAGAGAUGGGAGAAGUACAGGAUUUUGCCCUUAGGCGGAUCGACUCUGUUGCGGUCCGCUCCGAGGCAUCAAGUCAUCUGCCACAAGGCGAGGAUUCUGCGACACGAACUGGCCGCAGAAGAGAGAGUACAUAUGAGGAGAAUCUAGGGGAAGUGCCUAUUAGCUUGCAGAGGGUCAACUCUCGACUUUGGCAGGGCAAUGGGACUGCAAGAAGGAGGAGGUCGACAAUCACCAGUUUGCGAUGA